GGCGGGCGCGCCGUGACGUCAUCACAACAACAUCAGCCGUUUCUUCCUUGUUUAGACUCCCUCCAGUUUUCAACUUAGCGGCUGUAUGUUGAUGUAUUUCCACGACUGUCUGAUAAAUAACAUCAUUCUCUAAGCAUGGCGUCAGUGUUGUCACAGCUGAUGGGUGAGUGGAUGGACGUUCAGGGACUCCUGAUAUUUCUGUGCGUGCUGCUGUUGGUGAAACACCUGCGAGAUGUUCAGUCCAGGAACAUGCCGCCAGGACCCUUCCCUCUGCCUGUCAUCGGAAACCUCAUAAAUAUAGGCUUUAGUGAUCCACUGGGCUCCUUUCAGAGGAUUGCUGAGAGGUAUGGAAAUGUGAGCACACUUUAUUUGGGAAGCAAUCCCUGCAUACUAAUCACUGGAUACGAGACUUUCAGAGAGGCGUUUGUGGAACAGGCGGACAUCUUCACAGACCGGCCGUACUUCCCUCUAGUUGACAAGCUCAGUAAAGGGAAAGGUCUAAUUAUGUCAAGUGGCCACAUGUGGCGUCAGCAGAGGCGUUUUGCUCUGGCAACACUGAAAUACUUUGGUGUGGGGAAGAAAACUCUAGAAAACUCCAUCCUGCAGGAGUGCCGCUUUCUCUGUGACUCUGUACAGGCUGAACAAGGUUUGCCCUUUGACCCUCAGCGUCUCGUGACCAAUGCCGUGGCUAAUAUAAUCAGCGGGUUGGUGUUUGGUCACAGGUUUGAGUAUGACGACCAUCAGUUUCAUCUGAUGCAGAAGUACGUGGAUGACUUCUUACAGCUUCCCAUCUCCCACUGGGGUCGGUUAUAUAAUCAGUUUCCAACCCUCAUGUCGUUGCUGCCAGGAAAGCACCAGACGGCAUUCGCCAGCAUGUCUAAACUUCAGCCCUUCAUGCAGGAGGAAUUCAGAAAACACAAGGAGGAGAGAGACCCGUCCAACCCCAGAGACUACAUUGACUGUUAUCUGGAUGAAAUCGAGAAGUGUAAGGACAGCGAGGCAGAGUUCACAGAAGAGAACCUGAUGCACUGUGUGGUUGAUCUGUUUGGAGCGGGAACAGAGACCACCUCUAACACUCUCAGAUGGGCUUUACUCUUCAUGAUCAAGUAUCCAGAUGUGCAAGAUAAGGUCCAGUCUGAGAUCGAUCAGGUGAUUGGACAGACACGUCAACCUCUAAUGGAUGACCGAACAAAUCUGCCGUACACCUACGCUGUGAUCCAUGAAAUUCAGAGGUUCGCCAACAUUGUUACCUUCACGCCUCCCAGAGUGGCCAACAAGGACACAACGGUGGGAGGACGACUCAUCCCGAAGGGUGUGAUAGUGAUGCCCUUGCUAAAGACAAUCCUACAGGAUAAGAAUGAGUACAGCACUCCGUACGAGUUCAAUCCUGCACACUUUCUGGAUGAAAAUGGCAUGUUUUUGAAGAAAGACAGUUUCAUUCCUUUUUCAAUAGGUAAACGGAUGUGUCCAGGAGAGCAGCUCGCUCGUAUGGAGCUCUUCCUCUUCUUUAUCUCGCUGAUGCAGCGUUUUACCUUCCUGAAUCUUGAAGGACAAAGGCUGAGUCUGAAAGGAUCCGUAAGCGUCUCGUCCGGUCCUGAACCCUUCCAGAUACGUGCUGUGCCUCGAUAGAUUUUAAUCACGCAAAAAUCAGCGUCUGUUCCUGAAUCAUGUUAAUUACAUGGGCUCUUCUCCCAAAGGAACACACAGCUACAGCUCACAAACUAAUUACUGAAGGGAUGUAAUGUGUUUUUGGUAAGAAAUUGAUCUGAUUUUAUUAUUUUCCUGCUCAUUUACUGUCUGGGCAUCAAAAUGCAGAGACAACAAACUUGAUACGAUAGUUCAGUACUCUACCGUUCAAAAGUUUGGGGUCUUUAAGAUUUUUGGUUGCACUUCCAAUAUACUUACAGUAUACUUGCCUGAAUAAUAUAAGGCAACUACAUGAGGUAAGGUUAGGUUCAGGAGUAGUACCUAGUUACAGUUAUUGUAAUUACUACAAUAAGUAUAUAGUAUGUACGUUCGAAACAGGACUGUAAAAUAAUUUAUUUGAUCAUUUACAGUAAAAACAGUAAUAUUGUGAAAUAUAAAUUUUAAUUUAAAAUAACUGUUUUCUAUGUGAAUAUAUAGUAAAAUGUAAUUUAUUCCU